AGCGAAUAUUAAAAUGCUUAGACACAAGAACAUUUAACUACGCAUGCGCAUUCAUCAGAUGAUAUAAGUUUCAUAUUCGAUUCUUUCGAGUUAAAAGGUCGCUAAGAUUCGGUGUUUUACUAUCAGAUGUGUCACGAAUAAGGAUUUUCAGUUUAGUCGAAUAGAAAAAGAAUCCAUGUCUUGGAUUGUAAACUCUGUCCGUGCUGUCACAAGCACAUGGACUCCGCAAGUAACGUCGGUACGUUUUCGUUAUCAUGCGGAUAAACUAGCAAAAGGCCCCACAAUACGGCGAUAUGGAUACGAGGAUCCUAUUGAUAUGAGGGGUCUUUUACCACGUAUGGACAAUGCUAAGAAACUUCCAAUGCCGAUCUAUCGUCCGACGGAUGCUUGGUCCGAAAAGAGGGCAUUGUUCGGCCAGAAUGAUUACAUCGAUAUAUUGGGCUCGGAAAAACUACAUCCAACAAAAAUUUUAUACAACGUACCUUCGUGGUUGAGAGGUGUCAGUGGUAAUGAAUAUCAGGUUUUACUAAGAAAGAGAAAAAUGUGGGCAAAGGGUAUAUUUCCAAUCGCGAGACCCACCAAGUGGAAAGAAUUAGAAAAAAGAAUACGCUAUCUUCAUAAGUAUUUGAAUCGUAAAACUAAGUCGAAGUAGUUCACUUUUGACAGAAAUUUGAUAAAUAUAUGUAAUUAAAUUCUAAUUCUCAAAUAUAGUCGUUAGAUUUUCUUUUUCAAAUAUUCUAUUGAAUACCUUUUUGGAUAUUUACUAAUCAAUAUAUAUAACACUAUAAACAUGACUAACACUAAGUACUAAUUACUGCUUACAAUAAUUAUGAAAAAUAUAAAAUAAUCAAUUUAUUUAUUG